AUGUGGAAACCAAGGAAGAAGGGUUACACCAUUGGACGACUUAUUUGGGUCCCGCGUACUACCGGAGAGAUGUUUUAUCUUCGCAUGAUGAUUACUGUUGUAAAGGGUCCAAUGUCUUAUGAGGAUAUUAGAGAGGUCAGGGAUUUACAAUGCGAGACUUUUAGGGAUGCGUGUUUUGCUAUGGGUUUCCUCGAAGAUGAUAGAGAAUAUAUUGGAGCCAUUAAAGAGGCAAGUGAAUGGGGUUCGGGUCAUUACCUACGAAAACUUUUUGUUAUUAUGCUUUUGUCUGGAGAUGUAAACAGAUCUGCCCAUGUGUGGUCUGAGUCAUGGGUUCUACUGUCGGAUGGUAUCUUGCACACUCAAUGGAAUCUGGUCAAAGACAAAGAACUGGUAUUGAAUGAGGAACAACUUCAAAAUCUCACUUUGAUUGAAAUUGAGAUUCUACUUUACGUGUUAAAGCAACUUGGAAAUAUGCUUAUUUACGAAGAACGGAGUUACAACAUUCAAACAAUGAAAGACGACUUUGUUGCACUACAUGCUACACUGACAGAUGAAGAACGGGGGAUAUAUCACAAGAUAAUGAAGGCUAUUACAACUCAGAAUGGCGGCGUUUUUUUCCUCUAUGGUUAUGGCGGAACCGAUAAAACAUACAUGUGGAGGACACUCGCAAGUGCUAUCAGGUCCAAACACGACAUAUGUCUAACCAUUGCAACAAGUGGCAUUGCAUUGCUAUUGUUGCCUGGUGGGAGAACAGCUCACUCGAGGUUUAAAAUACCCGUUCCUACUUUGGAUAACUCAACUUGCAACAUUACUUACCUUGAAGAGUCUGCAGAUCUACUGCGGGAGGCGAAGUUAAUCAUUUGGGAUGAGGCCCCUAUGGCAAACAAGUGGUGUUUCGAAGCACUUGACAAAACAUUAAGGGACCUUAUGAGUGCCCAUGGGAACUCUGAUAAUGAUUUUGGUGGAAAAGUUGUCGUAUUUGGUGGGGAUUUUAGAUAA